CAGAGAGUAUUUAAGACAAGUUCUCCAGUGGAUUUCUAUCCUAAUACGACGGAAAUGGAACUUAAUUGUACCUUUAAGGGAUUGCCUCAUCCUCGUGGUGCUUGGUACAAUCCAGAUAGUAAACUAAUCAUCAACGGAUCUGAAAGCUUUUAUCUCUACGAGCAGCUGUUUGGAGAGGACACCUUAUCUUCUGUUCUUCGAAAUCCUAAUAUCCAAGAAAAACACGCAGGGGCUUAUAAAUGCACAGGAAUGAACAACAUUACUGGAUGGUCGAGGGAAAACACUGGGAUAAUUGAAAUGCGUUAUCGUUGUAAGUGA